AUGGAUAAAAUUGCCAUCUAAAAUCUAAAAUGCAAUAAGCAUCCAAAUAAAGACCUUCAAUUUAUUUAAGUAAAUGAUGUCUUAGCACAACCUAAUUCCACUAAACCUCUCUUUUACUGUUCUUCCUGUUUUAAUCAUGAUCUUCACUUUAAAUCUAUCAACUAUCUUAUGAUCGACCAGAUUUUUUAAGAAGCAGACAAUAACAUUAUCCCAAAAUGGCCGCCAGUCAAUAACUAUCAAAUAAUCUCAGAUCUCAUUGAUCUUACAUCAAAUUAAUCUUCACUUGACUAUGUCAAGCAAAUUACAAACUUCUUUAAUCAACUCAAAGAAGAGUUUUUAAAUAAAAUAGAUGUUAUCUAAAAAAAAAUGAUCAAUGAAGCCUUGAAAUAUCCUAUUGAUAGAUAGCAUAUUAUCAAAAGAUACUAAGAAGUUUCAAACAUUCUUUAGCUUAAGUAGCUUCUUAACAAUGAAAAAUCAAAUAAUCUCCAAGAUUAUUCAAUUCUCUGUAAAGAAUUUAUCUCUCAAAUGGAGUCUCAAAAAGAUAAAAACACAGAAUAAUUGUAAAGUCUGCUUACCUAAGCAAAUUAAUUGUAAACGAAUUUCAACAUGGAAUAUCCUCACAUCAUUAAAAAGUAAUUAUUAACUUUUAUUGACCAAAUUUCUUUCUUCAAUUUAGAUAUUCCUGAAUUCAGCAGUGCAAAUCAUGAUAACAAUAGAAAUCAUUUUGAAACUAAUAUUAGAAAUCAAAAUAACUAAACUGGAGAUUUAAAAUUAACAUCUGAAUUAAUCAUGAAGCUUGUUUCUAAUAAAUCAAACUUUUGCUCUGACUAAUUCUUAAGCAAGUUAAGUGAGAAUCUUUAAAGUAUAAAUCCUAUUCUUAAAUAGUUUAGUUUCAGCACAACAAUUUUCAAGGAGAAUAAAGAGUAAAUUGACUUUUCCAAGAUUAGUGAGGAAAAGAUAAAUUUAAUAGAAGAAUAUGUUAAGCAUUCAAUAGCUUUGUAAAGAGGGGAAUAGUAAUUUGAAUAGGAAGUAAAGGAUAGUUUAGAAAUCAAAUAAAUGACUUAAAUUGUAGAUUCUAAAAUCAAUUUCUUGAGCUAAGAAUUCAAUUAAUAGUUUGAAAAGUUCUUAAUUGAUGUAAAACCUUUCUUAAAAUAGAUUAAUUUCACUAAUACUUUUACUGACAAAAAUAAAUUUGACAUCUUCAGAAAUUUUAAACAUGAAAAAUGGAACGCUUUAUUUUAGGAAAAUCUACCUAAUUUAGAUCUAAAAUUGUUUGUUACUUAGUUUUAUGACGGGUAGAAUAAAUGUGUGGUAAAUAAAAAAGAAAAUGGUUAUUAUGAAAUUGAAUGUUUAGAAGAAAGUAAUUAUUGGCUGAAUUGUAUAUCAAAUACAAAUUUAUAAAAAGAUUAGAAGUAUAUUUUUAGGAUAAAAGUUGAAAGUUUAAAUCAAGGUAAAAUCUUUACAAUAGGUCUAAUGAGAAAUUCAAAGGCUUAUUAAAAUGCCGGAUUGAAUGAGCAUUUAAGCUGUGAGUUAAAGAAAGAUAAUCAAUCUGUAAUUAAAUCUGAAGAUAAUUAUGGUAUUGAUAAAUAAUUAAAGGGAUCAGGAUUUAAAACAAGUGGAGAGAAUAUGAUAGAACUAAGAUUGUGUAUGAAAGAGUAGAUUCUAGAAGUAUUAGAUUAUCCGAAUUAUGAGUAUAAGUUAGGAUUAGAGGAUAAAUAUAAAGAGAAGCUUACAUAAUUUGAUGAUCUAAGAUUUUAUCUUGGCAUUGGUAAUUAAGGUGAGAAAUAUAUUUUAAUGGAUGUAAAAAUAGUGUAUGAGUUAAAAAAUUGA